ACGACAUUGAAGAGAAAAUUAAGGAAAACAUCAAUAUGGCAAGUUUUGAUAUUCCAACAAUUGAUGUUUCUCCAUUUUUUAAAUCAGAGGAAAAUGAAGAAGGGAAAAAGAAGGCUAUGGAGCAAAUUAGAGAAGCUUGUGUUAACUAUGGUUUCUUUCAGAUUGUGAAUCACGGAGUUCCUUCAGACUUGUUGAGUAGAACCAUCGAUAUGUAUAAGACUUUCUUUGCCUGUUCGGAUGAAGAAAAACUGUCGGUACCUGAUAAUUAUUUAAAAAGCACACCGAAUUCAGCUGAUACUUUUGAGCACUUGUGGUUUCGUUUUCCAUUCUCUGGCUUCAAUAACUGCCGCAGCAUUACACCUCAUUUCAAGAAAGUAUUGGAGGAGAUGGUUUCCCAUUUCACAAAAUUAGGAGUUGUGUUGGAAGGAAUCAUAAGUGAGUGUCUUGGACUCCCUCCUGACUUCCUAUCAAACUACAGAAAUGAUCGUUCUCGGGACUCGUUGAUGGGCCUCCACUACUUUCCAGCGACAGAAGAUGACAACACAGGAAAACCUGCACAUGAAGAUCCUGGCUGCUUCACUAUUCUCUACCAGGAUGAAAUCGGAGGCCUUCAGGUGCACAAAGAUGACCACUGGAUACCCAUAGCGCCUUCCAAAGACAAACUAGUUGUUAACAUUGGUGAUGUCAUUCAGGUGCUAAGCAACAAUAAAUUCAAGAGUGCAACUCACAAAGUGGUGAGACCAGGUGAAACAAACCGUUACUCGUACGUGUUCUUCUAUAAUGUACAAGGAGACAAGUGGGUUGAGCCAUUACCACAAUUUACAAAGGAAAUUGGAGAGUCGCCCAAGUACAGAGGAUUCGUGUUUGAAGAAUAUCAUGAGUUGAGAUUCAGAAACAGGAGUCAUCCACCAGAUAGACCUGAAGAUCUCAUCCAUAUAACACACUACUCAAUUUCUAAUUAGAGGACAAGUUUUAUCUAAUGAAAAGUUCUCUCUAUAUGGAAAGAAACAUACCAAUGAUAUGUAUUACGUCA